UGCUGAUACUCCUUGAAAAAUUUCCUAUGGAUGAUAAAGAAGUGAAAUCCCAUUUGAAUGCAAUUUUAACGAAAGUGGUUACCAUCUUUGUUGCAAUACCACCCAUCGCAGUUGGUAGUGGGGUAGUUGCAUGGUACACCUCCUAUGGAGAGGGCACGUUACCAUUUGGUUCUAUGCCAAGAUGGGCAAUGGAGUACAGUACAAACAUGUGUCUAGUUAUUCAAGUUAUAACAUAUACAUUUCUGGGACAUGAGUUUUUAAUGUGGGACGGAGCCAAAUGGAGCAUUUUGUUACAACUGCGUGGAAAUUUCAAAUAUUUGAAUAGAAACGCCAGAAAUUGUCUUGGGUAUGCGAGAAUUGACUGUGAACAGUCAUCGAAUUCCACUUUGAAUAUUUCAUGGUGCCAUAUGCAAAAGCUGAUAAAAUACAUAGCCGUAAGGCACAAUUACCUAUCUUUAGCUACCAAGGAAGUAGAAUUGGUGUUUAAUAAAACUGUUUUAAUCAGCAUCCUUGAUUUAUCAAUUAUAUUUUGCAUAAUUCUGUUGCGUCUAUCAAAAUUUUCUUCAAUCAACAUGGAAGCUUGCACUUUAUUAUUUUACUUAAUGGUUCUUUUGACGCUACUCUGUGGGGAUACCUUUCUAUGUGUGCAGGUGGUGACAGAAAGUGAAAGGUUGCUUUAUUCUUACUACGAAAUUGAUUUUGUUGGCACGGACCUCAGAUUUCAAAAAGCCUUAGUAUUGCUAAUGACCCGAGCACAAAGACCAACUAAUUUUACAAUUGGUAAUUUUGCACCUCUAUCCAUGGGGGCAAUAGUCACAGUUUUGAAGGCUUCAAUAUCAUACCUUAUGCUCCUGAUGCAAAUAAAGGACCGUUAGUGAAAUCACAGAUUAAGAAGAGUUUCACCAUCACCUACACGUACCUAUCUAACUAUAUGUAUACGCGUAUUUACUCAAAAUAUUUUCUUACACAGAGUGACCCGCAUGGCAUAAAAAGUUCCAUAAGACCAGUGGCGGUUUCUCAAUAAGUGCACAUGAGCACGUGCACUCCCAAAAAUCAUUUUAAAAAAACGAAAACAAUAGCAAUUCUAUUUAUGUAUUUAACAUUCUUGCACGUUCGU